UUAUUUAGAAAUGAUAACAACUAGAUUUCAUGCAAAAUUUUAGUUAAGUAAUAAAUACGCUAGAUCACAGGCGUAUUUAAAAUGUGAUCAAGUAAAGGCAACAAUCUCUGUCAAAAUUUUCUAAUGUGUUUGAUGAUCAAAUUAGUGCUACAAUGAAUUUAAGAGGAAAGUCAAGUGUGCGACCGAAUUCUUCUGUACAAAAAAGGCCAAGCACAGGAUAUAGUGAUGAAGAGUUAUCCAUCUCAACACCCAAAAGCAUUUCUGCUGAAAAUAGCACACAGACACAUAAGCAGACAAUACGACAAUCUAACAGCAUACCGAUUGCUUAUCCAAAGAACAUGAAACAGCUAAUGCCUCGUCCUAAAGUCAAACGGAGAAAAGUUAAAUAUAUGGAUUGGAAAAGGUAUCACAAAUUAAGCGUCAUUUAUGCAUUCAUUGAUGACUUGGAAAGAGAUUAUCCAGCAAUAUGCACAGUGUAUGUUAUUGGAAAAUCAACUGAAGGAAGAGAUAUAAAGAUGUUGAAGAUAUCAAACAGUGACGCAAGCAACUCCUCCGUAUGGCUGGACGGUUCGAUACACCCCCGCGAAUGGAUAACCGCUGCUGUCGUCACGUUCAUAGCAGAAUACAUUGUUAAGUCCUUUCAUAAUCUCUCCACAUCUAUAACUAAUAAGGACUGGCACAUUGUCCCGGUAUUAAAUCCAGACGGCUAUGAAUACUCACACACAAAAGAUCGCAUGUGGAGAAAAAACAGAGCGUGUUAUGGUGGAAAUUGUGUAGGGGUUGAUCUAAACAGGAAUUUCAGUUACGGUUGGGGCCAUAAUGGAGAAGAAGGAUCAUCUGAAGCACCAGAAAAUAUAUUUUACAGAGGACCAGAGCCGUUUUCAGAACCAGAAACUGCCGCUGUCAGAGAUUACAUCCUAGGAUCACCAAACCGAUUUAAAGUAUUCCUAUCAUUUCAUAGCUAUUUCGAGAUGAUAAUAUUCCCAUGGGGUUUCAAAAAGGAUCCUAGUCCAGAUUACUUAAACCAAAUGGAAGCGGGGAUGCGGAUGGCGAAAGCAAUCUACGACUGCAGUGGAAUGACAUACAAAGUCGGUUGCACAAAGGACUUGACGUACUAUGCUUGUGGGACGUCAAUAGACUGGAGUUACGCCAUCGCGAACAUCCCUUACUCUUACAUGAUAGAACUCAGAAGCAAGAAGUAUAAGUUCAAAGUGCCGAAAGACCAAAUAUUUGACACAUGCAUGGAGAGUUGGAGUGCUGUCAAAAGUCUAAUGGAAUACGUUGAUAAUCCUUUAUAUAAACUUCAUAAUCCUACGACAAAAAGGAAAAGCACCAAAUGAUAAAAUUACCUUCUCCUUUGGCAGGUUUUCCAUGUCCACAGCUAAAGUGACAAAUUUAUAAAAGUUCUAGAUUCAGCAGAAAAUUAAAAUUCAGACAAGAUUUUCAGCCGGUAGAUUAUGAAGUUUAUCAUUCUGUUUGUACUGUUUUGUAAUUUUAAGUGACGUGUAAUAAAGUUAAAGAAAUU